GGAUGGCUUUAGAUCGCUUGAAGGAGCGCAGGAGCAUGUCACAGCCACUGACGACACGUGACAGUGAGCGCUACACUCUACUAUAGGAGAGCGCUCCAGAGACCAGACGCUCUGCUCUGCGGAGAGAUGCCCCUCACAAUCAGUCGGUUUUUGACUGAGCUAUGUCGUGCCACAGAGGCGGUCUGGAUUUAUUUAAAUUUCCAGCCAGCAGUUCAGUAGCGGCAACAGCGGUGUUCUAAGCGGUUUCUCCACACAGGGAACACCCAUCACCGUCAUUUUCGGAGUCCGAGUCUAUUUGUCACCUUGUCAGGGGACCUCAACUGGAACUGCUUCGGCAGUGAGUCCCCGACUUCUGCUUUGAAGGCUUAAGAAAUAACCGUGUUAUUAAGUUGCGGACGUUAAGACGAGCGAAUUUAGUUCUCCACCAGUAAAACACGGACCAUGGUGAACACACCAGAACUGUAACCUGCUCGGUUAUCGCUGGAGACGAGGACACUUCUCAUCAUGAACACGAACGGGCCCUACCAGCACCCAGGCUAUGGGGGGGGAGAUGGCAGCCAUAGCCUAGCGUCCAUCUCCUGCUUUCGCUGUGGCGAGGCGUGUAAAGGGGAGGUGGUGCGCGUGCAGAAUGUCCAUUUUCAUGUCAGCUGCUUCACCUGCCACGUGUGCGCCUGUGACCUAUCCAGCUCAGGCUUCUUCCAAAAGGGCGGCGAGUACCUCUGCACGGCCGAUUACCAGCGCCUGUACGGCACCCGCUGCGACGGCUGUGGCGACUUCAUCACCGGCGAGGUGGUGGCGGCGCUCGGCCGGGCCUACCACCCCGAGUGCUUCAUCUGCAGCGCAUGCAGGAAGCCAUUCCCCAUCGGAGACAGAGUGACCUUCUGCGGGAAGAAGUGUGUGUGUCAGCACUGCUCACACACGCUCAGCAGCAGCGAGCCUGUCAGAAUCCACGGGCCGAGCCACUGUGCAGGCUGUAAGGAGGAGAUAACCCAGGGCCAGUCCCUGCUGGCUCUCGAAAAGCAGUGGCACGUCAGCUGCUUCAAGUGCCAGACCUGCGGCACAGUGCUCACGGGCGAGUACAUCAGCAAAGAUGGGGUUCCAUACUGCGAGUCAGAUUACCACAGCCAGUUCGGCAUCAGGUGUGAGACCUGCCACAAAUACAUCAGUGGAAGAGUCCUGGAGGCAGGCGGGAAGCACUACCACCCCACCUGUGCUCGUUGUGCACGCUGUCACAUGAUGUUCGCUGAGGGAGAGGAAAUGUACCUGACAGGCUCCGAAGUGUGGCACCCGCUGUGUAAACAGGCUGCCAAGACUGAGAAGAAACUCAGGUUUAGACGUACCUCAGAGGCCUCCAUCUCUCCUCCUGGAUCAAGUAUAGGCUCCCCAAGUCGAGUCAUUUGUGCCAAAGUGGAGAAUGAGAACCUCAAAUGCAGGGAUCUGGCUACGCUGCCUAAGAUUAAAACACUUUAUGACGCACAGCGGCCCGAUCUCAUUCCUUAUGCCGCCUAUCACAGAUACUCCUCUGAUGACAGGCUAGAGCGCUGCGGCUAUGGGGAGAACGGAGUAAUGGAGUGUGAAAUGGAUUUGUGCUUGCUUGAUUUCCGCUCAUGUUGCUCUCCUCUUUACUCCCCACCUCUGUGUGCGCAGUCCAUGGGAACGCUCUCUCCAUAUUCUCAGGAAAUCUAUGAUAGCCUGGACCUGAGGCAUCGGCGGAGUUCUAGCCCCGGCUAUAUCGACUCGCCUACCUACAGCCGCCAGGGCCUGUCGCCCACCAUGCCUCGCUCCCCUCAGCUCUACCGCCGCUCUGCAGGUACUGAGAGUGGCAGGAGCUCUCCCUAUUACAGUCAGCUUGAUGCCAGGUGCAACACACCCACCAUGUACCAAGCUCCCAAGCAUUUUCAUGUUCCAGCCACUGGAGAGUCUAACAUCUACAGAAAGCCCCCCAUCUAUAAGAGACAUAAUGCCCCAAAGAGCAAAACCAGCGAGGAUAUUCUCUCCUCUCCCUUCUCGCCAUAUCCGUCUAACCUCUCCGAGCACUCCGAGUCAGACUACUUUUACCCCGGCUCUCCCAAAGUUCCUCGGGGUCGCAGAUUCUCUUCAGGAGGCGAGGAGGAUGGCUGGAAUCAAAGCAUUAACAGAAUCCAAGCUGGGAUCGGCCGGAUGAUCCUGAAGGAAGAAAUGAAGGCCAGGUCCGGCUCCUGUGACAGCGACCCCUGGAGCAGCGCACGGAACUCCCGGAGAGGGAGCAAAGAGGCGCUGCAUAACUCGGGCUACAGUAACACAGUCAACGGCUCUCCUAGAUUCCAUUACAGUGCAGACAGUGAUACUUUCAUCUCCAAAUCAGCCUCUCUGCCGGGGUAUGGCAGGAACAACCUAAACAGGCCUCACAGUGCUGACUAUUUCCAUUAUGACAGUGCCAAUGCAGUGAAUUGGGGAUAUAGAGAAUACAAGGUUUAUCCGUAUCAGGAUCUGAUGGUCACUGUUCGUGGAUGCAACCAGCUCCCCGGUGAUGUAGACAGGGCAAGACUGGAGAGACAUCUGUCCCCUGAAGAGUUCUACCAGGUCUUUGGGAUGACCAUGGUAGACUUUGACCGUCUGGCACUGUGGAAACAAAAUGAGCUGAAAAAACAGGCACGGCUGUUCUAGGGAACAAAGCCCGAGACUUAAUCCCAGGGUAGACUGGACCAGAAAUCAGAAAGCACUGGACGGUCAAAGUGAUCUAAUGGAACCAAAUGGUCUGGAACUCGAUUCCAUCAAAGAACUGAGUGAAACAGAGGAAUCCAGAGUCUUCAUCUGCUUCACAGUGGACUGUUUCACAUCUUUGUACACGAAAGAGUUUAGAAAUCUACUUCUCGAAGCAUUCAGUAAAUACUGUUUUGUGUGCAGUGCGUUUUAAGUUUUAGGCUUCUCCUCCUACCACAGCCUCUGUGACAAUUUCAGGUUACAUUAAUGGAUGAUUACAUUAAAGGAUGAUACAACAGAAUGUUGCCUUAUGAUGAAACAGCUAGGUUAACACCAGCAGCAGUGCAGCAGUGACAGACUGAAGACAGAGUAGUCUUAUUUCACCAGAAUGUGCAGACUGCAUGCUUGGUUUCUGUAAAGGAGAAAAAGUGUUGAAAACUCACAACUACGAUGAUGAAGAAUGUUGGUUAUAUCCAGGUGUGCGAUAGCUAUUACUUCUGGAGGAGUGCAUUAUGUGUAUCUCAGAACCAAAGUGAUUUUUAUUUCUAGUGCAUAUCAAAGUGUGCCAUACAUACCUUUUUGAGAGUUAGGUGGAAUAGAAGUGUCAGUUUGAUUCCUUUUCGUUUGGGGUGGAGCUUUUGAUAUUUAUAGAUCCAAAGAAUGUAUAUUAAGCAAAGGAAUAUGUUAAGCAGCAUUUUAAGACUACUUGGUGCUUGAACAAUUAAUCUUAAUCAUGAAUAAUAAUUCACAAUGAACAUCUUAACUUGCAGAUAGAACAAGUCUAGUCAUUUUUGUUUUAAUCUGAUUCCUUUACUCCCAUUUUGGAGUAGUUUACAACUCAAUAUCUGUUGGUUGAACACUUGCAUUGGAAACUUGGGAUGAAAUUGGACAAGAGCGAUUUUGGGAAGAAGGAAGGAUGAAUGAGUAGAAAGGCAUGUUGCUGACUAAAGGUUGACCAAAAGCAAAAACAAAUACAUGAUACAAAAUGUGGCAUGAUUGAUGUAAUAGCAAGUUAAAGGAGGCCUGAGUGCUUGAAUUGUUUCACAUUCCAAACUGUCAUUUUUAUCCAGUUCCUAUCAUUUGAGCAUAAUUGUUUUAUCUACUGCUGUAUCAAUGCCUUUAUAUAGCAAUAUUGAAGUACUUAAUUCCAUGAAUUUUUGUGCAGAAUAAUGCUACAUUUUUUUAACCUCAAAAGCUAACUUAUCUUUAAGUGCAUCAUACUAGAAAAUGAUAACAGAGCUUGUUUUUGUAAUCUUGCAUUUUAUAGACUAACUUUGCUUAACCAGAUUUAAUGAUCAAGAUGACCUGUCAAGAUGUAUUGGGGUAGCUUUAUUUAAGUAUAAUGUUUUCAAGUGA